AAAAGACUACAGCAGUAUCACGCCAGACGACCAGUCCGAUGGUGGCGGGUCAAAUGCGAGCAGUGUCGCCCAUUGCCACGAUUUACAGCGACUGUCUCCGGCAGUUGACAAAAGCACAAGGAAUCGCUUAAUUCUCGCUAGUAUACUGUGCCUUAUUUUCACCGUCGCCGAAAUCAUUGGUGGCGCUGUGGCCGGAAGUCUCGCUAUCAUGACAGACGCCUCCCACAUGUUAACAGACUUUGCCAGCUUCAUGAUUAGCUUGUUCUCUCUCUAUAUGGCUUCCAAGCCGGCCACAAAAAAGAUGAGCUUCGGAUGGCACAGAGCAGAGGUGAUGGGGGCCAUGGUGUCUGUGUUGUUAAUCUGGAUCCUGACUGGAGUGUUGGUGUACAUGGCGAUCCUCAGGGUCAUCCACAUGGACUACGAAAUAGACGCCAAGAUUAUGUUAAUCACCGCCGGGAUAGGCGUAGGCAUCAAUAUACUGCUGGGAAUGACCCUUCAUCCCCACUCUCACUCCCACGGUGGAGGGAUGACCACGGACACGGGCACGGGCACGGAGGAAAGCAAAAAUUUAAAUAUACGUGCAGCGUUCGUGCACGUAUUAGGGGACUUAUUUCAAAGCGUUGGAGUAUUAAUAGCCGCCUAUAUUAUUUAUUAUAAGCCUGAGUGGAAAAUAGUGGAUCCUAUAUGCACGUUCGUGUUCUCCAUAUUGGUUCUUAUCACCACGGUAACCGUGUUGAGGGACGCGCUGAAUGUGCUGAUGGAAGCCACUCCGCGGCAUAUGAAUUUCAAUCAAAUAAAGCACAAAUUCUUAGAAAUCCCCGGAGUGAAGAAGGUGCAUAAUCUCAGGCUGUGGUCGCUAACGACACACAAGUUAGCUUUAUCGGUACACUUAGCAAUAGAUUUAGAUCUCACGGAUUACGAGAUCGUUUUAAGAGAUGCAACCGAAAUCGUCAAUGACCUUGGAAUUCACGAACCAACGAUUCAAAUAGAGGCACUUCACGUUGAUAUGUCAGACUGCGAACGCUGCAUGGACCCCGUGUCAGACUAAGGUGCAACCUGCAUUUAGAAAUAAGAGCCCCUUCUUUGUUUCAGUGUGACCCCCAUGUGAAUAAAUUGGCCCCUUCUUUGGAGAUAGCGGGGUCGGGAUACAAUCGCUGAAACCAUGGCUUUUGCUACGAAAGGUUUUUAAGUGAAUCAACAUAAACCUGGAUUCAGGAAGCAAAAGAGCUCUGUGUAGACAGAGGGAAGGAUUUUCAUUUGAAAAUUUGGAUUUUGUUUUAAAGUGUUGAACCUAUUUGUGAUGACGCACAAGCUGUGUAUCAUGUUGAUUGAUCUUGUAUCAAUGAGGAUAACGUUACAGGGCGAUUGAUUGAAGGUGUUUUUCAUCGCUGUUAAUUUGAACAGUUUAUUGUUCAUUGCUACUUAUUCAAAAACAAUGGCUGGCACGUAUACCAAACACACUGCUGGCUUCAUACGUGAUAGAUGGCCGGAUGAAAUCGGAUGAUUCGUAGAUAUCUGACCACAUUUAAUACAAAUAUCAAGUGAACAUCGCAUCGACAAUUGUCACCAAAAUGGGGUUAGAAAGUCGGGUCACUUAAAGGAUAAAAAUCUGGUGGACAGAACAUGCGCAUUGCGGAACUUUUUUCCUGGAAUGUGUUUCAGGGCAAUAUUCAGAAAUGAAAAAAAAAAUCUGAAACACAGGUUUUGCUUAAAAGGCAUGGAGGCCAGUAACAAGAAAUCUCUCUGUAUGACAAGGUGUGCAAGAAGCACCAGGCAGUAUUUUUAUUUUUAUUUUAUUUUAUUUUAUUUAUUAUUAUUGUUUUUUUUUUUUUUUGUGACAUUAAACAAAAUAUGGGUAAGGUUAUGAUCUCCAUGGCAAAUAUGUUAAGGAACAACGUAAAGGCCCAUUUGAGCUCAAGGCUUGUCUGAUCAAAACAAAGUGAUGACUGAAUGAAACAAGUGAUAUAUGUGAUAUGAUCUACCUGGAUGUCAUCGUGCACUGAAAUUGGCGGUUUCAUUUGAUAACAUAUUAACUGUAUGUAGAGACCCCCAUUUUAAGGGAAAUAUUAUGAUAAAACGGGGUUUUAUUAAUUUAUUUCUUUUUUAAAUAUCAAAUACAGACAGACACAAAAUGUUCAGUGUCUCUCACAAGUUUACAGCUUUAGAAUCUGAAUACAAACUCUAUGGUGUUUUUUUAGAUCAUAUUUUAACAGGCUCCAAGAUCUUAAAUAAUGUCUUCCAAUCUAAGGCGCUAGAUCUGUCUUACAGGUAUACUGUAUAUCAGGAUGCAAAUAGACUACGUUUAACCAAUAAUAGUAUUACCUUUUGUUUUGUUUGAAGUAGUAUGUGUUUGGUACUCGUGUAUUUAGAAGUAAACGCGAUCAAUUCACUGAAUCGUGGUUAGUCGCAAAUUAUACGUUUGAGUUUUGUCUCAGUUAAAACUGUGAAUAAAUAUUGUGAAUAGUUGUUUUCA